AUGACUCCGAUGCCAUGCAGUGGCGCUCCGACUGGCAUGGAGAUGUGGGCGCAUGGGCUGGUUCGUGAUGACUACCAGUCCUUUGGCGAGUGCUGCUCGCCCUCGGAGUGGAGCUCGCCACCUUACUGGUCUCUGGUCGAGCAGUUCAGCAAGUUGAUCAAAGAGAAGGAUCUGCUGCUGAACGAGUGCUACGAUCUUUGCAACGACAACCAGGCCCUUCGGAUUGACAACGAGAAGCUGCACGAAGCGCUUCGCAUCCAGGGCCAGGAGCUUGAGAGGGUCGCGAAGCUUAUGCGCGAUGACAAGAUGACCAUGCCGCUGCACAAAUGCUCUUCCGACAAUGCGUUCUAUGACAGGAAUGACCUCGUGGCAAGGAUGCAUGGGGAGAGCCCUCGCAGGUCCAUCACGGAUUUGCCGCUGGAAGCUCUCAGGUCUGUCCAGCCGCAUCUAGGGCAGACAAAGAAGUCUCCGGAUCUGUCCGAGUUGCACAGCUCGGGAGUGGAUAUCAAAUCCCGGCAAAGCAAAAGAUGCCACUUGCCCUACUUGCGCCAUUUGCUUCACUUGAAGUGGACUUUGGAUUCGGGCAAGUGGAGCAAGUGCCCUCCCUGGACCCCCUGCGACUUCGACGGAGAGCAGCCUCCCAAGGCGUUCUAUGACAGGAAUGACCUCGUGGCAUGGAUGCAUGGGGAGAGCCCUCGCAGGUCCAUCAGGAAAUUGCCGGCGGAAGCUCUCAUGACUCCACCGUGCCCCGUCGAGCAGCAUGAGUGUAUUCUAUCAACUUGCAGUGUGACCACAAGCACUGGAGAGCCUUUGGAGACAUUGCUGAGCUAUCCCCACCUUUCUGGGAAUAGGCGCCGGUGGGGGAGUCAGAUCGCAGCCUUUGCACGGCACACCGCUGAUGUUGCAGCGCGCCGAUUCACCACGAUAGCCUGUGGAUCUAAGUGCGACAAGAGCACGUCCACGGGCCCUUUAGAUGCUUGCGUCGCACACGGGCCUGCUCUUUUGGAGUACUUCUCUGCGGCUCGUCUGCAAUGCCAGAUUCCAGCAAAGCGGGGCCAAGAGCACGUGGCAAAAGGACUAAUUGAGUCCGAUGCAGUCGUCGCAUUUUCGGAUGGGGUGGACCGCAUUCUCUCAGACUCCGAACCUUUUCCCGACGAUGUCGAACGCAAGAAGCGCUUCGAUUGCCUCUUGAUUGAUGAGAGCAAUGUUAAAGCUAGAUUUCUACCGUGGGGAGAUCCUUCUUCCUACAGUCCACAGUCUCGCUUGGUCUUCAUCUCAGGUCAGGACUGGUGCGUGAUGCUUGCGAGAACCAGCACAACCCAUUUUUCUGAAGAUUAUGUCCGCCAAACCGUCGGCAACAACCUCGCUGACUUGUUAACUCACUGCCUGGACUCUGAUGAAGGUGUGCGUGCGGCAGCGCACCAUAUCAUUCAAGAGCAUGCCUUGGGCGCCCUCGGCUUCGUGAAGGAGCUGAUCGCAGACACCGUGCUCCGUCAGAUGACAGACAUCUUGUCAACCGGCAGGGAGACACAGACGACCUGGAGGCUCAUGGCACCGUACAUGGCCCAUCUCGAGCCGCUCCUGCGAUGGCUGACGAAGAGUCAGCGUCAGGAUUGGGCAUCUCUGCUUGUCAAUUUCUUACAUAGCCUUCAAUCAACAUCAGCUCAAACCAGAGCUACUUACCAGAAGCUGGCGGUUGGUCAUCUGAAGCUCCUGUGCUUCGCGGAUGACGAUGCCAGUCGAACCUAUGCAGAUGAAAGGCGGCAGCUCCUGGCCUUGUCGGACUCCCCGGACUUUGAAGAGGUGAAGAACGGCAUUGCAAGUCUGUUCCGGAUCGCCUACGUCGUGAAAGUUUUCUUGAAACUUUGGAUUGCUCCUGCCUGGGCAGGAGCUGAAGCCGCAGCAUACACGGAUGCCUCCAGCUCCGAGACCGAGAUGAAAGACGACGAGCAGCCUAACAUCGAGGGUGAGAACCUCACGAAAUCAACAGCCGUGGACACAACGCAUGCCUGCUCUUUUGGAGUACUUUUCUGCGGCUGGUCUGCAAUGCCAGAUUCCAGCAAAGUGCCAGAUAUCCUAGCCUGGCGUGACACAUCCGAACAGACCCGGAGUCCCGAGGUCUUGUUACGGCAUGUGGCCGAGCUUGGCAGGUUGGUCCGAUGCAGUCGUCGCAUUUUCUGCUGGGGUGGACGCAUUCUCUCAGACUCCGAACCUUUUCCCGACGAUGCCGAAGGCAAGAAGCGCUUCGAUUGCGUGCGUGCGGCAGCGCACCAUAUCAUUCGACAGCAUGCCUGGGGUGCCCUCGGCUUCGUGAAGGAGCUGAUCGCAGACACCGUGCUCAGUCAGAUGACAGACAUCUUGUCAACCGAUAGAGGGACACAGACGACCCGGAAUCACAUUUUGCGGUACAUGGACCAUCUCGAGCCGCUCCUGCGAUGUCUGACGAAGCGUCAGCGUCAAAAUUGGGCAUCUCUGCUUGUCAAAUUCUUGCACAGACUUCAACCAGCAUCAGUUCCGAACAGAGCUGCUUGCCACAAGCUGGUGGUUGAUCAUCUGAAGCUCCUCUGUUUUGCGGAUGACGAUCCCAGUCGAACCUACGCAGAUGAGAAGCGGCAGCUCCUGGCCUUGUCGGACUCCCCGGACUUUGCAGAGGCGAUACUCGGAUGUGAAGGAUUCCUCCUCAUCUGCCUGGGCGUCCCGCUCUUGGCCACCAUGGUGCAGUGCGUUCGAAGACUGGAGAGUAUUCCGCCCGCCGCCUGGGCUGGAGGAGACCUUGCCUCCAAUUUCUUUCAGAAUUUCAGGUGA